CCAUAUUUGAUUCGAUUAUGCUGCUCUGGCUGCGACAACCAGUUUGAGUUUAGCCAGUUUCUUGUCAGGAGAAAAAAAAAACGGUGUCUGUCCAGCUUUAAGGUUAAUCUGCGACGAAAUCCAGCUGCAUUCACAGUAACAACAGUUUAUCACCUGUAGUCAACGAUGAAUCCCGAAUAUGACUAUUUAUUCAAACUGCUCCUGAUCGGCGAUUCUGGUGUCGGAAAGUCUUGUCUCCUUCUCCGGUUUGCAGAUGACACGUACACAGAGAGCUACAUUAGUACCAUCGGUGUGGACUUCAAGAUCAGGACCAUCGAGCUGGAUGGAAAGACCAUAAAGCUUCAGAUUUGGGACACAGCCGGUCAGGAACGGUUCCGCACCAUCACAUCCAGUUACUACAGAGGAGCUCACGGCAUUAUAGUAGUUUAUGACGUGACAGAUCAGGAGUCCUUUAAUAACGUCAAACAGUGGCUACAGGAGAUCGACCGCUACGCCAGUGAGAACGUCAACAAGCUGCUAGUAGGCAACAAGUGUGACCUCACAACGAAAAAAGUGGUGGAUUACACCACAGCUAAGGAAUUUGCCGACAACUUGGGAAUCCCCUUCUUGGAGACCAGCGCCAAGAGCGCCACCAAUGUGGAGCAAGCCUUCAUGACCAUGGCGGCUGAGAUCAAGAAGAGGAUGGGCCCCGGGGCCACGGCCGGCGCCGCGGAGAAGUCCAACGUGAAGAUCCAGAGCAAGCCAGUCAACACCUCGUCCGGAGGCUGCUGCUGAGACCCUGAAAAACAGCCACGACCUGAAUCCACCCCCCCCGAGCCCACGACCAGUCUCAAUGUUACCAUGCUCCACAGGGAAAGAGAACCAGAGAGAGAGAGAGAGAGAGGGAGAGGGAGAGGGAGAGGGAGGGAAAGACAGGAAGACUUUGAGUGGACCGGUUUGUAAUUGUGUGUGCAGCUACAACACCAGAUUCCCACAACAUCCUUUCAAAGUCAGGACGGUAAGCCCAAACAUACUCACAGAACACACCGGGCGGUUCUUUUUUCCUUACUUUACCAAAACACACUCAUACUGGAAAAAAAACAACAAAAUGUAUACAAUUUUUAACAGUGUGUGAAGUUAACCAAUGAAAGAGAACACAUGUAUACAUCUUUUCUUCUUUUUUUUUUUUUUGUUUUCUUAUUGUUUGCCCUGCUCUUCCUUCUGAGUUUGUUAAAUGAGUCACUUUUCUAAAACUGAAUGAGACCCACAAAGUUGUCUUUAUUUAGCUGUGGAUAGCAGCACGACUUAAGCCCGAAUCUCCUCCGAUACAUGAAUUAGUGAGCACUUCAAAUGAAGCACAUGCUUAAACCAGCAUCAUGCAUGUUAGAACUGAUCACAUGUUCCCUCGGUUGCAUGUGAUCAGCUGCAGUCAUGAAGCGAGUGGCUCAAACUACGACCCAGGAAACCCUCCGAUAAUGUCACCCACUCCAACUUCACAGAGUCGCCCCUAAAAAAUAAAUAAAGCAAACGACGUGCCAGUGCCUUUGUGGCAGGAGAUUUAAAUGACAUUUAUGCCUUCGGUGCUCUUGUGUUGUUGGCACGUUUCCCCUCUUCCACCCACAGUCGUGACUUCUUAAAAAAAAACAAAAAACUCCACUUUGUAUGAUAGCAGUUAACAUUCCUGUAUAUGUCUAUAUUCGGCUCUGUGUGUGCUCUGCUGGUGUUCAUGAUACAAUAAGCAUGUGCUGCAUUGGGAGACGUGACGUCAGCCGUGUGUAUUUCUCUGCUAAUGUUUCUCAACCAACAGCACAACAACCACAACAGGAGAAAUCAAAUCACCAUCCCAGCUCGAGAAUAAUCUAUAAACUGUAUAUAUUUAUACAUAAAUGUAAGAAGUGAUUUGCAAAUUGUGUAGAGAAGCAAGUGAAGCGAAUGACAUGAUAAAUAGCUGGAAUUAGUAAUCUCGGCACGUGAUUUGUGGCUGCGGACAUGACAUUUUUGUGGCACAGUGUCUACUAUUAAAACAAUGAAGGAGAUCUUUGAUAA